CGGUCAGGCUCAGCCCUGUGACACAUGAAGCUAAAGCUUUAGCCUAUUUAUGGACUUACUAAACACUGAAUCAACAACAGGAAGUAAAUGCAGAGCUGGAAUCACAGAAGAAAAGAAGCUUGUGGAGAUUUCAGACGGAGCCUUUGACCCAUGCUCCAUCUGUGGAUUAUGAAUAAACAAGAGCCCUGACAUGGCAGCUUCUUACGGUCCAGAGUUGAUCCUGCUGUUACUGGGUGAGAAACAAAGUGGGAAGAGCUCAGCAGGAAACACCAUCCUGGGAAAACCAGCCUUUCACAGAAAAACAACCCGCAGCUGCAGAGAGAGCGGCACCACCUGUGGAAGACGAGUGACCGUGGUGGACACCCCAGGGUGGCUGUCCCACUCCACUACUCCACACAGAGUAUCCCAGGAGCUCUGCAGAGGUCUGACCCUUUGUCACCCAGAGCCUGAUGUCAUCCUGCUGGUACUGCCCAUCACCUCCACCUUCGGCCCAGGGGAGUGGAGGGCCAUGCAGGCCCAGCUCAGCCUGCUCCAAACCCCCAUCUGGCAGCGAGCCAUGGUCCUGUUCACUCAUGGAGACAAGUUAGGAGGCCUGUCGAUCCAGGAGCACAUACGACAGCAGGGUCGGACUCUUCACUGGCUGCUGGAGCGAUGUGGGAACAGGUACCAGGUGAUGACCAACCAGUCUGGGGUGUCAGAGGCUCAGCUCACUGAGCUCUUUGAGAAGCUCCAGAGGAUGAUUCAGACUAACAAGUGUCCGAGGGAGAUCCAGGACAGGAUGUACAUGCUGCUGAGACGAGAUGUGAGCAUGAAGGAGGACAGAAGGGCGCAGGGAGGACAGGAGGAGAUAGAAAUGACAGUGAUACAUGACGUGCAUGACAGGAGGCCGGGGAAAAGGAAGCAGACGACCUCAGGAGAGGCGUGGGUACCCAGAGUGUUCGAAGCGGAGCCUGCUGGUCUGAAGCCUGCUCUUUGCCUCGUCCUGCUGGGGAGGAGGAAGUCAGCGAAAAGCUCCGCUGGGAACAUAAUCCUGGACAGUGAAGUGUUUCAGACGGACAUGAAGACCACCAGGUGCUCUGCAGGCCAUCGGAAAGUGUCAGGGUGGCCCGUCACAGUGGUGGACACGCCCGGGUGGAGUCUGUUUGGUCUGGCCAAUCCCAAGCAGGUCAGGAUGGAGAUCAGUUGGAGCACUUCCCUCUGCCCUGCGAGGAGCAAAGUGUCCUUCGUGCUGGCUGUACCUGUGGACUCAUUCAGAGAGAAAGACAGGAGAGCUGUGGAGACGUACCUCAGUGUUUUGGGGAGUGAUGUAUGGAGGAGCACUGUGGUGUUGUUCACGUAUGGAGAGGAGCUGCGAGGACGGACGGUGGAGAAUCACAUUUAGAGGAGCGGAGAGCCUCUGAAGUGGGUGCUGGACAGAUGUGGACGCCGCUAUCAAGUGUUAGAUACAAAUACAAGAGACAAGACUCAAGUGAAUCAGCUGCUGCAGAUGAUAGAGAGGCUCUAGGGAGGAUAUAAAUGUGACCUGCAGUGGUCAUGGGUUAUUUAUUACAAAUAUAGUUUUAAUCUAAACCUACAACAGUAUUUUUUAUGCCUCAGCAAUUAUGAAGUAAAAGAGAGGAAGCCAGUCUGCUGUCAUUGACUUGUUCAGAUUAGUUUUCUACAGCACAAUAAUGUUUUACGACAAGUUUUCCAUGUUUGUGUUAAUAACAAAUACCUUGUGAUCACUACCACAUGACAUAUAUCCACUUCUACCUUUAUGAUACAUUCCCUCAGCCUUAUUUGAAUUGUGUGUUUCAUCACUUGACAUAUUGUAAUCCAUAACAACGUUAGAAAUGUUUGUUUUUUUGUCAUCUGGCUGAGAGUAGUCAUCUUGUACUGAGGCGACCUGCUGUUAUUCAUCAGCUAUGUGUGUGACGUUAUCUUCACCAUCUUUACUGUAAAUAUAAUUUCUAAAAAUAUUUAUUUGUUGGAACAUUUCUAUAAAUAAAUCUUGGUUUGUUUUCAGUUUUGAAGUUUGUAUUUAACUGUAAUAUUUGUGGACAUAUUUGGUCUGUUUCUCCUGGAGGGUGGUUUUGUUUAUGUAACCUGUUUUGUCCCGCUUUGUGUAGAAAUGGAGACAGUUUGAACAGAUGAGGGGGACAGAGGGACACAUG